GGCUCGAAGCCGCCGAGGGGGGACGCUCGGGGUCGAGGAGCCCGGCGCUGGGUGUGUGUCAGGUUCGGCCCCGCCGGCUCCGCGUCGCCGUAGCUCGCGCGGCCCCGGGGCGCCGGCCGGGCGGGGAGAGGGGCUCGACGCGGCUGCGAGGGGCUCCCGUUCCAUCCGGGCCCGGCGCGCGGCGCCGCGCGGCAUUCCUUCCGGGCUGCUGGGGAGGCGCCUCGACGUUCCAUCUGGAGAGCCUCGACGUUCCGCCCGAGCCCGGCGCGGGCGGCCGGGGCGCUGGCCGGGCCCUAGGACUGGGAGGCCGCCCGGCGACGCUGAUGCGGAGCCUGCUCGCCCAAGAUCAAAGCCACCGGUGCUCUCUUUGUGUCCGCUCGGGAUUCGCCGCCCUGGGGCUGUCCAUGGAAACCUAAACUGCUGGAACCCGAGGCAGAGAACCCCUCUUGGCUUCUUGCUUUUUUUUUUUUUUUCCUUCCCGGGGAAAGGGUGGCCACUCCGACCUGGAUUUACCGUUCUUGGCCCCCUUAAGCCCCCCCGAGUGGGGGGCGGCUGUGAUCGCUCUGGCGGUUGGAGGUCGGGGAGCGGCCCGGGCUCUGGCCAUGUUCUCGGAUGAGGAUUUCUGGAUCGCCCUGUGAAGAGGUCUCCCCGAGAGGGCCCUGCCCAGUCGGAGAGAGGGAUGGACAGCCAGAAGCCGCCUGGUGAAGAUAAAGAUUCAGAACCGGCAGCUGAUGGACCUGCAGCCUCUGAGGAGCCGGGUGCCACUGAGCCAGACCUUCCUAACCUGUGUGUUGGGGAGGUCUCUGUCCCUAGCUCUGGGAGUCCCAGGCUUCAAAAGCCUCCUCAUGACUGCAGUGGGGGUCCAGCACGGCGUUGUGCUCUCUGUAACUGCGGGGAGCCCAGCCUGCAUGGGCAGAGGGAGCUACAGCGCUUUGAAUUGCCAUUUGACUGGCCCCGGUCUCCAGCGGUGUCCUCUGGGGGAAACCUGGGGCCCUGUGAAGCAGUGCUGCUCAGUGAGGACCUGUCACAAAUUGGUUUCCCUGAGGGCCUUACUCCUGCCCACCUAGGAGAACCUGGAGGGCACUGCUGGGCACAUCACUGGUGUGCCGUGUGGUCAGCAGGUGUGUGGGGGCAGGAGGGCGCAGAACUAUGUGGUGUGGACAAGGCCAUCUUCUCAGGGAUCUCCCAGCGCUGCUCCCACUGCACCAGGUUUGGUGCCUCCAUUCCCUGCCGCUCACCUGGAUGUCCACGGCUUUACCACUUUCCCUGUGCAGCUGCCAGUGGUUCCUUCUUAUCCAUGAAAACCCUGCGGUUGCUCUGCCCAGACCACAGAGAAGGGGCUGCACAUUUGGAGGAGGCUCGCUGUGCAGUGUGUGAGGGGCCGGGGGAGCUCUGUGACCUCUUCUUCUGUACUAGCUGUGGGCAUCACUAUCAUGGAGCCUGUCUGGACACUGCUCUGACUGCCCGCAAGCGUGCUGGCUGGCAGUGCCCUGAAUGCAAAGAGUGCCAAGCCUGCAGGAAACCUGGUAAUGAUUCUAAGAUGUUGGUCUGUGAGACGUGUGACAAAGGAUAUCAUACUUUCUGCUUGCAACCACCCAUUGAGGAGCUGCCUGCUCACUCGUGGAAAUGUACAACAUGCCGGGUAUGUCGGGCCUGUGGGACAGGCUCAGCAGAAUUGAAUCCGAACUCUGAGUGGUUUGAGAACUAUUCACUCUGUCACCGUUGUCAUAAAACCCAGGGAAGUCAGCCUGUCAUUUCUGUUGCUGAGCAGCGCCCACCUGUCUGUAGCAGAUUUUCACCCCCAGAGCCUGGUGAUAUCCCCACUGAUGAGCCCGAUGCUCUGUACGUUGCAUGCCAAGGGCAGCCAAAGGGUGGGCACGUGACCUCUAUGCAACCCAAGGAACCGGGGCCCCUGCAAUGUGAAGCCAAACCACUAGGGAGAGCAGGGACCCAGCUUGAAGCCCAGUUGGAGGCUCCCCUAAAUGAGGAGAUGCCACUGCUGCCUCCGCCAGAGGAGUCACCCCUGUCCCCACCACCUGAGGAAUCCCCUACAUCUCCACCACCUGAGGCCUCACGCCUGUCCCCACCACCUGAGGAAUCACCUGAAUCCAUGCUACCUGAGACAUCACACCUGUCCCCACCGACCGAGGAGUCUCCUUUGUCUCCCCCACCUGAGUCAUCACCUUUUUCUCCACUGGAGGAGUCAGCCUGCUCUCCUGCAUUAGAGACGCCCCUGUCCCCACCUCCUGAAGCCUCACUCCUGUCUCCACCAUUUGAGGAAUCUCCUCUGUCCCCUCCACCUGAGGAAUUGCCCACUUCCCCACCACCUGAAGCAUCUCGCCUAUCUCCACCGCUUGAAGAGUCACCCAUGUCCCCUCCACCUGAGGAGUCACCCAUGUCCCCUCCACCUGAGGCAUCUCGUCUGUUCCCACCAUUUGAAGAGUCUCCUCUGUCUCCUCCACCUGAAGAGUCUCCUCUGUCCCCACCUCCGGAGGCAUCACGCCUGUCCCCACCCCCUGAGGACUCACCCAUGUCUCCCCCACCUGAAGACUCACCUAUGUCCCCCCCACCUGAAGUGUCACGCUUCUCCCCUCUGCCUGUCCUGUCACACUUAUCUCCCCUGCCUGACGUCUCACGGCUGUCCCCACCACCUGAGGAAUCUCCCCUCUCCCCACCACCUGAAGACUCGCCCACAUCACCUCCACCUGAGGCUUCACGACUCUCCCCUCCCCCUGAAGACUCUCCAGCUUCACCGCCACCAGAGGACUCUCUUAUGUCCCUGCCGCUGGAAGAGUCACCCUUGUCACCACUGCCUGAGGAACCGAGACUCUGCCCUCAGCCCGAGGAACCAUACCUGUCUCCUCAGCCUGAGGAGCCCCGACUCUGUCCCCAGCCUGAGGAACUGCCUCUGUCUCCACGGUCUGAGGAGCCAUGCCUGUCCCCUGUGCUUGCAGAGCCGUGUCUGUCUUCUCAGCCUGAGGAACUACGCUUGUCCCCUGUGCCUCAGGAACAGCAUCUGUCCCCUCAGCCUGAGGAACCGCAUCUGUCUCCCCAAUCUGAGGAGCCUUGCUUGUCCCCUAUGCCUGAGGAGCCAUGCCUGUCCCCUAAGUCUGAGGAACUAUACCGAUCUCCUCGGCCUGAAGAACCUCCUGAGGAAUCAAGCCAGUGCCCUGCACCUAAGGAGUUGUCCUUGUUUCCCCCAACUGGGGAGCCAGCUUUAUCCCCCAUGCUUGGAGAGCAAGCCGUGUCUGAGCCUGGGGAGCCACCUCUAUCCCCACUUCCUGAGGAGCUGCCCUUGUCCCUUUCUGGGGAACCAGCCUUGUCACCUCGGCUGAUGCCACCAGAUCCUCUUCCUCCUCCACUCUCACCCAUUAUCCCAGCUGCAGCGCCUCCCGCCUUGUCUCCUUUGGGGGAGUUAGAGUACCCCUUUGGUGCCAAAGGGGACAGUGACCCUGAGUCACCGUUGGCUGCCCCGAUCCUAGAGACACCUAUCAGCCCUCCACCAGAAGCUAACUGCACUGACCCUGAGCCUGUACCCCCAAUGAUCCUUCCUCCAUCUCCAGGCUCCCCCAUGGGACCUGCUUCUCCUCUCCUCAUGGAGCCCCUUCCUCCACCUUGCUCUCCUCUCCUUCAGCAUUCCUUGCCUCCUCCAAGCUCUCCUUCCCAGUGUUUACCUCCCGCUCUGCCGCUGUCUAUUCCCUCCCCACUGAGUCCUGUGCAGGAGGCAGUGGGUGUCUCAGAUGAAGCUGAGCUGCAUGAAAUGGAGACUGAGAAAGGUCCAGAACCUGAGUGCCCAGCCUUGGAACCCAGUGCCACCAGUCCUCUGCCAUCCCCUAUGGAGGACCUUUCUUGCCCUGCCCCCAGCCCUGCCCCCGCCCUGGAUGACUUCUCUGGCUUGGGAGAAGACACAGCCCCUCUAGAUGGGACUUCAGAGUCACAGGCUGGACAGACCCCUGGCAGUCUGCCUAGUGAACUUAAAGGUUCUCCUGUGCUCCUGGAUCCUGAGGAGCUGACCCCUGUGACCCCUAUGGAGGUCUAUGGCCCAGAUUGCAAACAGGCAGGGCAGGGCUCACCCUGUGAAGAGCAGGAGGAGCCUGGUGCACCAGUGGCCCCCAUGCCACCCACUCUCAUCAAAUCAGACAUUGUUAAUGAGAUCUCUAAUCUGAGCCAGGGCGAUGCUAGUGCCAGUUUUCCUGGUUCAGAGCCCCUCCUGGGCUCUCCAGAUCCUGAGGGGGGUGGGUCCUUGUCCAUGGAGCUGGGAGUGUCUACAGAUGUCAGCCCAGCCCGGGAUGAGGGCUCCUUGCGCCUCUGUACCGACUCACUGCCAGAGACUGAUGACUCACUGUUGUGUGACACUGGGACAACUAUCAGUGGAGGCAAAGCGGAGGGGGACAAAGGACGGCGGCGCAGCUCCCCAGCCCGUUCACGAAUCAAACAGGGUCGGAGCAGUAGUUUUCCAGGAAGACGCCGGCCUCGUGGAGGAGCACACGGAGGUCGAGGGAGAGGGCGGGCCCGACUGAAGUCCACCACAUCUUCUGUUGAGACCCUGGUAGUGGCCGAUAUUGAUAGUUCUCCGAGCAAGGAGGAAGAGGAGGAAGACGAUGAUACCAUGCAAAACACCGUGGUUCUCUUCUCUAACACAGACAAAUUUGUUCUAAUGCAGGACAUGUGUGUGGUGUGUGGCAGCUUUGGCCGAGGGGCCGAGGGCCACCUCUUGGCCUGUUCCCAGUGUUCCCAGUGCUAUCAUCCUUACUGUGUCAACAGCAAGAUCACCAAGGUGAUGCUGCUAAAGGGUUGGCGUUGUGUGGAGUGUAUCGUGUGUGAGGUAUGUGGCCAGGCCUCCGACCCUUCACGCCUGCUGCUCUGCGAUGAUUGUGACAUUAGCUACCAUACGUACUGCCUGGACCCUCCACUGCUCACUGUGCCCAAGGGUGGCUGGAAGUGCAAAUGGUGUGUGUCUUGUAUGGAGUGUGGGGCUGCCUCCCCUGGCUUCCACUGUGAAUGGCAGAAUAGUUACACACAUUGCGGGCCCUGUGCCAGCCUGGUGACCUGUCCUAUCUGUCAUGCUCCCUAUGUGGAGGAAGACCUGCUAAUCCAGUGCCGCCACUGUGAACGGUGGAUGCAUGCUGGCUGUGAGAGCCUCUUCACAGAGGAUGAAGUGGAGCAGGCUGCCGAUGAAGGCUUUGACUGUGUUUCCUGUCAGCCGUAUGUGGUGAAGCCUGUGGCACCUGUUGCCCCCCCAGAAUUGGUACCUGUGAAGGUAAAAGAGCCAGAACCCCAGUUCUUUCGCUUCGAGGGUGUGUGGCUGACAGAAACUGGCAUGGCGGUGCUGCGUAACCUGACCAUGUCACCACUGCACAAGCGGCGCCAGCGGCGAGGACGGCUAGGCCUCCCAGGCGAGGCAGGGCUGGAGGGUUCUGAGCCCUCAGAUGCCCUUGGCCCUGAUGACAAGAAGGAUGGGGACCUGGACACUGACGAGCUGCUCAAGGGUGAAGGUGGUGUGGAGCACAUGGAGUGUGAAAUUAAACUAGAAGGCCCUCCCAGCCCUGAUGCAGAACCUGGCAAAGAAGAGACAGAGGAAAGCAAAAAACGAAAGCGCAAACCCUAUCGUCCAGGCAUUGGUGGUUUCAUGGUACGACAGCGAAAGUCUCAUCCACGUGUGAAAAGGGGGCCUGCUGCACAGGCGGAGGUGUUGAGUGGGGAUGGGCAGCCCGACGAGGGUGAGACGGUGAUGCCUGCUGAUCUGCCUGCGGAGGGCUCUGUGGAACCAAGCCUUGCUGAGGGGGAUGAGAAGAAGAAGCAGCAGCGAAGGGGUCGCAAAAAGAGCAAGCUGGAAGACAUGUUCCCUGCUUAUUUGCAGGAAGCCUUCUUUGGGAAGGAACUUCUGGACCUGAGUCGGAAGGCCCUUUUUGCAGUUGGAGUGGGCCGGCCAAGUGGACCGGGAACUCAAAAGCCCCGGGGGGAUGGAGGUUCAGAGAAGAAGGAGCUUUCUGCCUUGCACAAAGGAGAUGAUGGUCCAGAUGUGGCAGAUGAAGAGUCCCAUGGGCCUGAGGGCAUGGCUGAUAUACCAGUUACAGGGCUUGAGGAUGGGGGUGUCAAGGCAUCGCCAGUGCCCAGUGACCCUGAGAAGCCAGGGACCCCAGCUGAAGGAAUACUUAGCUCCGACUUAGACAGGAUUCCCACAGAAGAACUGCCCAAGAUGGAGUCCAAGGACCUGCAGCAGCUCUUUAAAGAUGUCCUGGGUUCAGAAAGAGAACAGCCUUUGGGUUGUGGAACUCCUGGCCUAGAAGGCAGCCGUACACCACUGCAGAGGCCCUUUCUCCAAGGUGGACUCCCUUUGGGCAGCCUCUCUUCCAGUAGCCCAAUGGAUUCCUACCCAGGCCUCUGCCAGUCUCCCUUCUUAGAUUCUAGGGAGCGCGGGGGCUUCUUUAGCCCAGAACCCGGUGAGCCAGACAGCCCUUGGACAGGCUCAGGGGGCACCACGCCCUCCACUCCUACUACCCCUACCACAGAGGGUGAAGGCGACGGGCUGUCCUAUAACCAGCGGAGUCUACAGCGUUGGGAAAAAGACGAGGAACUGGGCCAGCUCUCCACUAUUUCACCUGUACUCUAUGCCAACAUUAACUUUCCUAAUCUCAAGCAAGAUUACCCAGACUGGUCCAGCCGAUGUAAACAAAUCAUGAAACUCUGGAGGAAGGUUCCGGCCGCUGACAAAGCCCCCUACCUGCAAAAGGCCAAAGAUAACCGGGCUGCUCACCGCAUCAACAAGGUGCAAAAGCAGGCUGAGAGCCAGAUCAACAAGCAGGCCAAGGUGGGCGACAUAGCCCGUAAGACUGAUCGACCGGCCCUCCAUCUCCGCAUUCCCUCCCAGCCAGGGGCACUGGGCAGUCCGCCCCCUGCUGCGGCCCCCACCAUUUUCAUUGGCAGUCCCACCACCCCUGCUGGCUUGUCUACCUCUGCGGACGGGUUCCUGAAGCCACCAGCGGGCACAGUGCCCGGCCCUGACUCACCUGGUGAGCUCUUCCUCAAGCUCCCGCCCCAGGUGCCCGCCCAAGUGCCUUCGCAGGACCCCUUUGGACUGGCCCCUGCCUACCCCCCAGAGCCCCGCUUCUCUGCGGCACCACCCACCUACCCUCCUUACCCAAGCCCGUCUGGAGCCCCUGCCCAGCCUCCAAUACUGGGUACCACAACUCGACCUGGGACUGGUCAGCCAGGGGAGUUCCACACUACCCCACCGGGUACCCCCAGACACCAGCCUUCCACGCCUGACCCCUUUCUCAAACCCCGCUGCCCGUCAUUGGACAACCUGGCUGUGCCUGAGAGCCCAGGGGUAGCAGGAGGCAAGGCUUCCGAGCCUCUACUCUCACCCCCACCUUUUGGGGAGUCCCGGAAAACCCUAGAGGUGAAGAAGGAAGAGCUUGGGGCAUCCUCUCCUGGCUAUGGACCCCCAAACCUGGGCUGUGUUGACUCACCAUCCUCAGGCGCCCACCUGGGUGGCCUGGAGUUAAAGGCACCUGAUGUCUUCAAAGCCCCCCUAACCCCUCGGGCAUCUCAGGUAGAGCCCCAGAGCCCAGGCCUGGGCUUAAGGGCCCAGGAGCCACCCCCUGCCCAGGCUUUGGCCCCUUCUUCUCCCAGCCACCCAGAAGUCUUUCGUUCUGCCUCCUACCCUGACCCGUAUGCCCAGCCCCCAUUGACUCCUCGGCCCCAACCCCCACCUCCUGAGAGCUGCUGUGCCCUGCCUCCUCGAUCACUACCCUCUGAUCCUUUCUCCAGAGUGCCCGCUAGUCCUCAAUCUCAGUCCAGUUCCCAGUCCCCAUUGACUCCACGUCCUCUGUCUGCUGAGGCUUUCUGCCCAUCCCCUGUUACCCCUCGCUUCCAGUCCCCUGACCCUUAUUCUCGUCCACCCUCACGCCCUCAGUCCCGUGACCCUUUUGCCCCAUUACAUAAGCCACCCCGACCCCAGCCCCCUGAAGUUGCCUUUAAGGCUGGGCCCCUAGCCCACACUCCGCUGGGAGCUGGGGGUUUCCCAGCAGCCCUGCCAUCUGGUCCAGCAGGUGAGCUCCAUGCCAAGGUCCCAAGUGGGCAACCCCCCAAUUUUGCCCGUUCUCCUGGGACAGGCGCGUUUGUGGGCACCCCAUCUCCCAUGCGGUUCACUUUCCCGCAGGGGGUAGGUGAGCCUUCCCUAAAGCCCCCUGUCCCUCAGCCUGGUCUCCCUCCACCCCAUGGGAUCAACAGCCAUUUUGGGCCUGGCCCCACCUUGGGCAAGCCUCAAAGCACAAACUACCCAGUAGCCACGGGGAGCUUUCACCCAUCAGGCAGCCCCCUGGGACCCAAUAGUGGGCCCACAGGGGAGGGCUAUGGGCUGUCCCCACUACGUCCUGCAUCAGUUCUGCCACCUCCCACACCCGAUGGAUCCCUCCCCUACUUGUCCCAUGGAGCCUCACAAAGGGCAGGCAUCACUUCUCCAGUGGAAAAGCGAGAAGAUGCAGGAGCUACAAUGAGUAGUAGCUCUUUGGUAACACCUGAACUCUCAAGUGCCCAGGAUGCAGGCAUGUCUAGCCUCAGCCAGACGGAACUGGAGAAGCAACGACAGCGCCAGAGACUACGGGAACUGCUGAUUCGGCAGCAGAUCCAGCGUAACACCCUGCGGCAGGAGAAGGAAACAGCUGCAGCAGCUGCAGGUGCAGUGGGGCCUCCAGGCAGUUGGGGCACUGAACCCAGCAGCCCUGCCUUUGAACAGCUGAGUCGAGGCCAGACCCCUUUCACUGGGUCCCAGGAUAAGAACAGUAUUGUGGGGUUACCUUCAAGCAAGCUAGGUGGUUCCAUCCUAGGACCAGGAGCCUUCUCCAGUGAUGACCGACUCUCCCGGCCACUUCCACCAGCCACACCUUCCUCUAUGGAUAUGAACAGCAGGCAACUUGUUGGAGGCUCCCAGGCCUUCUAUCAGCGUACACCCUAUCCUGGGUCCCUGCCCUUGCAGCAGCAGCAGCAACAGCAGCAGCAGUUGUGGCAGCAACAGCAGCAGCAGCAGCAGCAGCAGGCAACAGCAGCGACCUCCAUGCGACUUGCUAUGUCUGCCCGAUUUCCAUCCACUCCUGGACCUGAACUUGGCCGCCAAGCACUAGGUUCUCCCUUGACAGGAAUCCCCACCCGCCUUCCAGGCCCAGCUGAGCCAGUGCCUGGUCCAGCUGGUCCUGCUCAGUUCAUUGAGUUGCGACACAAUGUACAGAAAGGACUUGGACCUGGAGGAUCUCCGUUUCCUGGUCAGGGUCCCCCUCAAAGGCCCCGUUUUUACCCGGUAAAUGAGGAACCCCAUCGACUGGCUCCUGAAGGUCUUCGGGGCAUGGCUGUUUCAGGCCUUCCCCCACAAAAACCCUCAGCCCCACCAGCCCCGGAUCUGAACAACAGCCUCCAUCAGACACCCCAUGCCAAGGGUCCUGCCCUACCAACUGGCUUGGAGCUGGUCAGCCGCCCACCAUCAAGCACUGAACUUGUUCGCCCUCCUCUAGCCUUGGAAUCUGGGAAGUUGCCUUGUGAGGAUCCUGAGCUAGACGAUGACUUUGAUGCUCACAAGGCCCUAGAGGAUGAUGAAGAGCUUGCUCACUUGGGUCUGGGUGUAGAUGUGGCCAAGGGCGAUGAUGAGCUGGGCACCCUGGAAAACCUGGAGACUAAUGAUCCCCACCUAGAUGACCUCCUCAAUGGAGAUGAAUUUGACCUGCUAGCAUAUACUGACCCUGAGCUAGAUACUGGGGACAAGAAGGACAUCUUCAAUGAGCACCUAAGGCUGGUGGAGUCAGCAAAUGAGAAGGCUGAGCGAGAAGCCCUGCUGCGGGGGGUGGAGCCAGUAUCCUUGGGCCCUGAGGAACGUCCUCCGCCUGCCACAGAUAAUUCUGAGCCUCGCCUAACGUCUGUGCUCCCUGAGGUGAAGCCCAAAGUGGAGGAGGGAGGGCGCCAUCCUUCUCCUUGCCAGUUCAACAUUAACACCCCCAAGGUGGAGCCAGCAGCUCCUGUCACUCCCCUCAGCCUGGGACUGAAGCCAGGUCAGACUGUGAUGGGCAGCCGGGACGCUCGAGUAGGUACAGUACCAUUCCCCAGCAGUGGACACACAGCUGAGAAGGGCCCAUUUGGGACCACAGGAGGAACACCAGCUCACUUGCUGAACCCUAACUCUCUGAGUGGCCCAGGUGGAUCCUCCCUUCUGGAAAAAUUUGAGCUAGAGAGUGGGGCUCUAACCUUGCCCAGUGGACAUGCAGCAUCUGGGGAUGAGCUGGACAAAAUGGAUAGUUCACUGGUUGCCAGCGAGUUGCCUCUGCUCAUCGAGGACCUAUUAGAGCAUGAAAAGAAGGAACUGCAGAAGAAGCAGCAGCAACAGCAACAGCAGCAACAGCCGCCGCCACAUUCCCUCCAUCCCACGCCAGGCCCUGCACAGACCCUGCCUUUGCCACAUGAGGCUGGGCCCCCACAGCAGCUUGCGCUGGGUCUUGGAAGUACUCGCCAGCCAGGUUUGGGCCAGUCACUGAUGCCCACCCAGUCACCAGCUCAUGCCCUUCAGCAGCGCCUGGCCCCAUCUGUGGCUAUGGUGUCUAACCAAGGGCAUAUGCUAAGUGGGCAACAAGCAGGGCAGACAGGCUUGGUGCCCCAACAGAGCUCACAGCCAGUGUUAGCACAGAAAACCAUGAAUGCCAUGCCAGCUUCCAUGUGCAUGAAGCCCCAGCAGCUGGCAUUGCAGCAACAGCAGCUGGCUAACAGCUUUUUCCCAGAUACAGACCUGGACAAAUUUGCUGCAGAAGAUAUCAUUGAUCCUAUCGCAAAGGCCAAGAUGGUGGCUUUGAAAGGCAUCAAGAAAGUGAUGGCUCAGGGCAGCAUUGGGGUGGCACCUGGUAUGAACAGGCAGCAAGUCUCACUGCUGGCUCAGAGGCUCUCUGGGGGCCCUGGCAAUGAUCUGCAGAACCAUGUGGCACCUGGGAGUGGCCAGGAGCGGAGUGCUAGUGACCCUUCCCAGCCACGGCCCAACCCACCCACUUUUGCCCAAGGAGUGAUCAAUGAGGCUGACCAGCGACAGUAUGAAGAGUGGCUGUUCCAUACCCAGCAGCUCCUGCAGAUGCAGCUGAAGGUGCUAGAAGAGCAGAUUGGUGUGCACCGCAAGUCUCGGAAGGCUCUGUGUGCUAAGCAGCGCACUGCCAAAAAGGCUGGCCGUGAGUUUCCAGAAGCUGAUGCUGAGAAGCUCAAGCUGGUUACAGAGCAGCAAAGCAAGAUCCAGAAACAGCUGGAUCAGGUCCGGAAACAGCAGAAGGAGCAUACAAAUCUCAUGGCAGAAUAUCGCAACAAGCAGCAGCAGCAACAGCAGCAGCAGCAGCAACAACAGCAGCAGCAGCAGCAGCACUCAGCUGUACUGGCUCUCAGCCCUUCUCAGAGUUCUCGGGUACUCACCAAGCUCCCUGGCCAGCUGCUCCCUGGCCAUGGAUUACAGCCACCACAGGCACCUCCAGGUGGGCAAGCUGGAGGUCUUCGCCUGCCUCCAGGAGGUAUGGUACUACCUGGACAGCCUGGUGGUCCAUUCCUCAAUACUGCCUUGGCCCAGCAGCAGCAACAGCAGCAUCCUGGUGUGGCUGGAUCCUUGACUGGCCCCUCAGGGAGCUUCUUCCCUGGCAAUCUUGCUCUCCGAAGCCUUGGACCUGACUCAAGGCUUUUACAGGAAAGGCAACUACAGCUACAGCAGCAACGAAUGCAGCUGGCCCAGAAAUUACAGCAGCAGCAGCAGCAACAACAACAACAGCAGCAGCAACAGCAACAGCAACACCUCUUAGGGCAGGUGGCAGUCCAACAACAGCAGGGUCCCGGAGUACAGAAUCAGGCUCUGGGUCCCAAGCCUCAGGGCCUUCUGCCUCCCAGCAACCACCAGGGCCUCCUGGUCCAACAAUUGUCUCCCCAGCAAUCACAGGGGUCCCAGGGCAUGCUGGGUCCUGCCCAGGUUGCAGUGCUGCAGCAGCAGCAGCACUCUGGAGCUUUGGGUCCUCAGGGCCCUCACAGACAGGUGCUUAUGACUCCGUCCAGGGUGCUGAGUUCUCCUCAGCUGGCACAGCAGGGUCACAGUCUUAUAGGACACCGACUGCUCACAGCCCAGCAGCAACAGCAGCAGCACCAACAACAGGGAUCUAUGACAGGGCUCUCUCAUCUUCAGCAAGGAAUGAUGCCACAUGGUGGACAGUCCAAAAUGACUACUCAGGCAUUGGGCUCCUUACAGCAGCAGCAACAACAGCAACAGCUGCAGCAGCAACAGCUGCACCUUCAGCAGCAGCUGCACCAGCAACAACAGCUUCAGCAACAACAACAACAUCUACAGCAACAGCAGCUUCAGCAGCAGCAGCAGCAGCAGCAGCAGCAGCAGCAGCAGCAGAUGGGCCUUUUGAAUCAGAAUCGAACUUUACUAUCUCCUCAACAGCAGCAGCAGCAGCAACAGCAGCAGCAACAACAGCAGCAGCAGCAGCAACAACAGCAGCAGCAGCAACAGCAGCAGCAGCAGCAGCAGCAGGUGACACUUGGCCCUGGCAUGCCAGCCAAGCCUUUUCAACACUUUUCUAGCCCUGGAGCCCUAGGCCCAACCCUCCUCCUGACAGGCAAGGAACAAAACAUUGCAGAGACAUCGCUUCCUUCAGAGGUCACUGAGGGGCCCACAGCACAUCAAGGAGGGCCACUAGCAGUGGGGACCACACCUGAGUCAAUGUCUGUUGAACCAGGGGAGGUAAAGCCCUCCAUUUCCGGAGACUCACAACUCCUGCUUGGUCAAUCCCAGGGCCAGUCUCAGCCCACCUCAGUGCAACUGCAGCCACCGCUAAGGAUCCCAGGACAACCCCAGCAGCAAGUUAACUUGCUCCACCCAGCAGGUGGAGGAAACCACGGGCAGCAGCUAGGGAGUGGGUCCUCUUCUGAGGCCUCCUCUAUAUCCCACCUGCUGGCCCAACCCUCUAUUUCUUUAGGGGAACAAUCUGGGCCUAUGACCCAGAACCUUCUGGGCUCCCAACAGCCUCUUGGGCCCAUUCAAAAUAACACAGGACCACAGCAUCCCAAGCCAGGACCUGCCCCUCAGUCUGGGCAGGGUCUUCCUGGGGUUGGAGUCAUGCCGACAGUAGGUCAGCUUCGAGCACAGCUCCAAGGAGUCCUGGCCAAAAACCCACAGCUGCGGCAUUUGAGCCCUCAGCAGCAGCAGCAGCUGCAGGCACUCCUCAUGCAGCGGCAGCUGCAGCAGAGUCAGGCAGUACGCCAGACUACACCGAUCCAGGAGCCUGGAACCCAGCCCUCUCCCCUCCAGGGCCUCCUGGGCUGCCAACCUCAAUCUGGGGGUUUUUCUGGAUCUCAGACUGGACCCCUACAGGAGCUAGGGGCAGGGCCUCGACCUCAAGGCCCACCCCGGCUCCCUGUCCCACAAGGAGCCUUAUCUACAGGACCUGUGCUUGGCCCUGUACAUCCCCCACCUCCACCAUCUAGUCCCCAAGAGCCAAAGAGACCUUCACAGUUACCUUCCCCCAGUGCCCAGCUAACCCCCACCCAUCCAGGGACUCCAAAGCCCCAGGGGCCAACCUUGGAGCUGCCUUCUGGGAGGGUCUCACCUGCUGCUGCCCAGCUUGCAGAUACUUUCUUUGGCAAGGGACUGGGACCUUGGGACCUCUCAGACAACCUAACCGAAGCCCAGAAGCCAGAGCAGAGCAGCCUGGUAUCCGGGCAUCUGGAGCAGGUGAAUGGACAGGUGGUACAUGAGCCACCCCAACUCAGUAUCAAGCAGGAGCCUCGGGAAGAGCCGUGUGCCCUGGGUACACAGGCAGUGAAAAGGGAGGCCAGUGGGGAGCCAGUAGGGACACCAGGCACCAGCAACCACCUUCUGCUAGCAGGCUCCCGCUCAGAGGCUGGCCAUCUGCUCUUGCAGAAGCUUCUACGGGCAAAGAAUGUACAACUUGGUGCUGGGCGGGGGCCUGAGGGGCCUCGAGCUGAGAUCAAUGGACACAUUGACAGCAAACUGUCAGGGCUGGAGCAGAAGCUACAGGGUACUGCCAGCAACAAAGAGGAUGCAGCCACAAGAAAGCCUUUGACAGCGAAGCCUAAGCGGGUACAGAAGACAAGCGACAGGUUGGUGAGCUCCCGAAAGAAGCUGCGGAAAGAAGAUGGGGUCAGGGCCAAUGAGGCCUUACUGAAACAGCUAAAACAGGAACUGUCCCAGCUGCCCCUGACGGAGCCUACCAUCACCGCCAAUUUUAGCCUCUUUGCUCCCUUUGGCAGUGGCUGCCUAAUCAGUGGGCAGAGUCAACUUAGGGGGUCCUUUGGAAGUGGGGCUCUACACACCGGCCCUGACUACUAUUCUCAGCUGCUCACCAAGAAUAACCUGAGUAACCCGCCGACACCACCCUCGUCGCUGCCCCCCACCCCACCCCCAUCGGUGCAGCAGAAGAUGGUGAAUGGUGUUACUCCCUCUGACGAGCUGGGGGAGCACCCCAAGGAUGCAGCCUCUGCGCAGGAUACUGAAGGAACAUUGAGGGAUGCUGCAGAGGUGAAGAGUUUAGACCUGCUGGCUGCUCUGCCUACACCCCCUCACAAUCAGACUGAGGAUGUCAGGAUGGAGAGUGAUGAGGACAGUGAUUCUCCUGAUAGCAUCGUGCCAGCUUCAUCCCCUGAGAGCAUUCUUGGGGAGGAAGCUCCACGUUUUCCACAGCUGGGCUCUGGCCGGUGGGAGCAGGACACUCGGGCUCUCUCCCCUGUCAUCCCCAUCAUUCCCCGUGCCAGCAUCCCUGUCUUCCCAGAUACAAAACCUUACGGGACCCUUGACCUGGAGGUCCCUGGAAAGCUGCCUGCUACAGCUUGGGAAAAAGGCAAAGGAAGUGAGGUGUCCGUCAUGCUGACAGUCUCUGCUGCUGCUGCCAAGAAUCUGAAUGGUGUGAUGGUAGCAGUGGCAGAGUUACUAAGCAUGAAGAUACCCAACUCCUACGAGGUGCUGUUCCCAGACAGCCCUGCCCGGGCAGGCCUUGAGCCUAAGAAGGUGGAAGCCGAGGGUCCUGGUGGGAAAGAAAAAGGUUUGAGUGGCAAGGGCCUGGACGCUGGACCUGAUUGGCUAAGGCAGUUUGAUGCAGUGUUGCCUGGCUACACCCUCAAGAGCCAGUUAGACAUCUUGAGCCUCCUGAAACAGGAGAGUCCUGCCCCAGAGCCGUCCACCCAGCACAGCUACACCUACAAUGUCUCCAACCUGGACGUGAGGCAGCUCUCGGCCCCUCCUCCCGAGGAACCUUCCCCACCUCCGUCCCCUUUGGCACCCUCUCCUGCCAGCCCCCCUGCUGAGCCCCUGGUUGAACUUCAGGCUGAACCCUCUGUUGAGCCCCCAAUCCCUUCACCUCUACCACUGGCUUCAUCCCCUGAAUCUGCCCGGCCCAAACCUCGAGCCCGGCCCCCCGAAGAGAGCGAAGAUUCCCGUCCCCCUCGCCUCAAAAAGUGGAAGGGGGUACGCUGGAAGCGGCUGCGACUACUGCUGACCAUCCAGAAGGGCAGUGGGAGACAAGAGGACGAACGGGAGGUGGCAGAGUUUAUGGAACAGCUUGGUACAGCCUUGAGACCAAACAAGGUGCCUCGAGACAUGCGGCGUUGCUGCUUCUGUCAUGAAGAGGGAGAUGGUGCCACCGAUGGGCCUGCCCGCCUGCUCAACCUUGACCUGGACCUCUGGGUACACCUCAACUGUGCCUUGUGGUCCACGGAGGUGUAUGAAACCCAGGGUGGGGCGCUGAUGAAUGUGGAAGUUGCCCUGCACCGAGGAUUGCUAACCAAGUGCUCCUUGUGCCAGCGAACUGGUGCCACUAGCAGCUGCAACCGCAUGCGUUGCCCCAGUGUCUACCAUUUUGCCUGUGCCAUCCGUGCUAAGUGCAUGUUCUUCAAGGACAAGACCAUGCUGUGUCCGAUGCACAAGAUCAAGGGGCCUUGUGAGCAGGAAUUGAGCUCCUUUGCUGUCUUCCGGAGGGUCUACAUUGAACGAGAUGAGGUGAAGCAGAUCGCCAGCAUCAUCCAGCGGGGAGAACGACUACAUAUGUUCCGUGUAGGAGGUCUUGUGUUCCAUGCCAUUGGACAGCUGCUCCCACACCAAAUGGCUGACUUCCACAGUGCCACUGCCCUCUAUCCUGUGGGCUAUGAGGCCACUCGCAUCUACUGGAGUCUUCGUACCAACAAUCGCCGCUGCUGCUACCGCUGCUCCAUCAAUGAGAAUAAUGGACGGCCUGAGUUUGUGAUCAAAGUCAUUGAGCAGGGUUUAGAGGACCUGGUCUUCACUGAUGCCUCUCCCCAAGCUGUAUGGAAUCGCAUCAUUGAACCUGUGGCCGCCAUGAGAAAAGAAGCCGACAUGCUGAGGCUCUUCCCUGAGUACCUGAAAGGCGAAGAGCUCUUUGGGCUGACCGUGCAUGCCGUGCUCCGCAUAGCUGAAUCGCUACCUGGGGUGGAGAACUGUCAGAACUAUUUAUUCCGCUAUGGGCGCCACCCCCUGAUGGAACUGCCACUUAUGAUCAACCCCACCGGCUGUGCCAGAUCAGAACCUAAAAUCCUCACACACUACAAACGGCCCCAUACCUUGAACAGCACCAGCAUGUCUAAGGCAUAUCAGAGCACCUUCACAGGCGAGACCAACACCCCAUACAGCAAGCAGUUUGUGCACUCCAAGUCAUCUCAAUACCGGCGCCUGCGCACUGAGUGGAAGAACAAUGUUUAUCUGGCUCGCUCCCGUAUCCAGGGCCUAGGGCUCUAUGCAGCCAAGGACCUAGAAAAGCACACGAUGGUCAUCGAGUACAUUGGUACCAUCAUUCGCAACGAGGUGGCCAAUCGGCGGGAGAAAAUCUAUGAGGAGCAGAAUCGAGGCAUCUACAUGUUCCGGAUAAACAAUGAACACGUGAUUGAUGCUACAUUGACUGGAGGCCCUGCCAGGUACAUUAACCACUCCUGUGCCCCUAACUGUGUAGCAGAAGUUGUGACAUUUGACAAGGAGGACAAAAUCAUCAUCAUCUCCAGCCGGCGAAUCCCCAAAGGAGAGGAGCUGACCUAUGACUAUCAGUUUGAUUUUGAGGAUGAUCAGCACAAGAUCCCCUGUCACUGUGGAGCCUGGAACUGUCGGAAAUGGAUGAACUAAGAAGCUUUGAGGCUACCAGGCAGGGGAAUUCCCCCCACCACCCGCCUCUUCCCUGAAAGGAAUGAGGGGUCAGAGCGGUAGCAGCCAGAGCUAGGACCCAGGGCUGGGGCUGCCGGCCGACCGGAGCCCCUGGAGCAGGAGGCUGGGGCAGAGGGCCCUAGGCCAAGCCUACCCUGGGUACCAGGGACAACCUUCUUCCCUGCCACCAGCCCUUAGGCUGGCAUCUCUGCCCCCAGCUCCAGGAGGGGACAGACAGAAGCAGCCACUGGGCAUCUCAGGUUUGAGGGGGAUAUGGGCCGGGAACUACCCAGAAGUGUCUGGGAGGCAGCAGAGAGGGAGGAGGAUGUGUGGCUGGGUCUCACAGCCCUGCUGCCUCUGCCGACCUCUCUGGCCCAACUCAAGGCUGCAAAGAGACUUGACUAAAGCUUGACAAUCCCAAAGGCCGGGUCCUACACCUGGCCCUGCCUGCCGGGUCCUGCCCCUACCCUCACCCCCAUCCCCUUCCUCUCUAUCUGUCUCUGUCUCCCUCUUUUCCUCUGUGUUUCUGUCUCUCUAUGGGUUGUGUUUCCUUGUUUUCCACUCUGACAAAUGCAACAUGAUGGGAAAGAGGCAUCCAGGUGCCCAGGAGGGCAAGCUGGGCAAGCCGGGCAAGGAGACCCCGCACCCACACCUACCUCAUUUAAGUGUUGGAUUUUUUGCUGUUUUGAAAUGUGAGACCCUCUCCAAGCCCCCUACUGCCCCAACUCUCUCCCCCACCUCACUGCCCUCUUCUAGUGGGUGGAAGGGGGGUAGGAGGAGGAAAACAACAACAAUAACAACAACAAAAAUCCAUCUUUGUUUUUAAUUAUGGGCAUGGGAUGGUGGUUGAGGCAAAUGGUGAUGAAGAUUGGGGAUGACUGGUCCCUAGUUGCUCUAGAACUUCCUUCUCCAUCUGGACAUGGAGGCAGGAAGGGUGUGCUAAACCUAGGACCAGGAACUCUCUCUCUCCUGUUUUCCCAGCCUCAUCCUGAGCCCAUUUGCCCUCCAGCCCCUGGAUGGGGUGUGGGGGUAGGGUGAGGGCUAUCCCGUGUGGCAUGCCCAUACCCAGUGAGGCAGGGUGUGGCCCAGAGCUCUCACUUUCCCUCAGUCACCAAACUGCUGCUGGUCUGGUGGGAAUGGGUGGUGAUGUGGGGGUGGGGAGCUUAGUGUCAGCGCGGGGAGGGUGGGGGGUAUUUAUCUAUUUAUACAUGGGGUUGUACAUAGUCUUGUGGGGCAUGGGGGAGCCGGCUGGAGGUGAGAACCCUCCCCUCUCCCCCAACCCCCGGGGAGAGCAAAUGUAAAACUACUAAUUUUUGUGCUUUAUAUAUUCUAUAUAAAUAUAUCUAUUUUCUUUUUACAAAACCAGUUUAUAAAUGGUAGGGGGGUGUGGGGCGGACAUAUGGAGCUCCCCUUGUGGGGGGGCCCCCUCCACUACCCAACCUACCGCCCUUUCCUCACCCCCCUUUUCCCACCCCCUGGCUGUGACUGCUGUAAGGUGGGGGUAUAGAGAGAAGCUGGGUGAUCCUCACCCCAGUUGUAUAGUUGGACUAUGUUGUAACGCACAAAAGUAAGCUGGCCCCAGGGGGAGCCAGAGGGUGCUGGGUUCCCUUAUCUUCCUUUUUCCUUCCUCUUUCUGCCCAAGCUUGUGCUGCAGUUGAACCUCUUCCUGGGGGUGGUGGUAGGGUAGAGGGUGUGUGAGGCCUCAGACCCCUCUCUGGUAGGAACCAUGGGGAUGAAAACGAAGCUUAUUUGCAGUUCUCUCCUGGGGGCUGUGGGCAAAGGGCAUUUUGUAAUUAAUAUUUUCAAGAAUCAGAUAUCUGGAUUGUAGAGAUGGGCUUGAUGGUGGCAAAUGGGCAGGCCUGCUGGAGUGGGUAGCACGGUUGCUGUUGUGAUUUUUAGGGUUUUGUUUUGUUUUAAAUUUGGGGGAUUGUGGAUCGAUGGGGGUAGGGAGAUUUUUUUUUCUGGCUUUUUUUUUUUUUUUUUUUUUGAAGCUGCUUCCUCAACUGUUUCAAGCUGCAAUGUUUAAGAGAAUAACAACUCCCCCCACAUACUCCCACAGAAACCAUUGUAAUUACAUCAGACAGUGGGAAGUCUGGGCUGCUGUCCCCAAAGCCACAGCUCUGAAAGGUCUAAGCACUAGGUGGGGGAGACUGUCUCCUGUGAGUCAGGCUCUGGUUGGGGCUUGGGCCCUAGAACUGCGGAAGGAGAAGGGGCAGACUUUGUAAGCAUAUGCUAGGUAUCCGAUAGUCCUGUAGAAUUUAGUGAAGAAACCUUAUACAGUUUUUAAUUUUUAUAUAAACUAUAACUCAGACCCACGCUACAAGGUUGGAAUUUUGGUUGUUGGGUUUUUUGUUUUGUGUUUUUUUUUUUUUUUUAAGUACCCCGCCUGUAUAAUCGCAUCAGAAUCCCACCCCCGUGUUUGUAUUUUGGGUUGGUUUACACUUGCACAUACUCAAUUUUCAGUUUCCCCCUUUACCUUCUACCCUCACCUCCAGGACCCUCCCCCUUUUUAAAAAUAAAUCGCUGACAAGUGUGAAACCCGUGAAGAACUUUAUUUUGUGUUGUGUGUAUCCUGUACAGCAAGGUUGGUCCUUCGUAACAACGAAUGAAAUGGCUCCCUUUUUUAAAGCGCUCUCUCUUCCUCCACCCCCAGCGCCCCUGUCCUUGGCAUGUUUUGUAUCAGCGAUCAUUCUGAACUGUACAUAAUUUCUGUUGCGAGAGGCAAAGGGCAAGUUUUGGAUUUUGCUUCUUCAAAGUUUGUUUUUAAACGACAAAUAAAAAAAGAACAUUUUAAAUA